AAAUAAAAAAAUAAAAGAAAUUAAAAUAAUUGAAUAUUUAUGGUUAUCCUAAUCGAUUAUGAGAAUUCAGAAAAUCAAAAAAUAAUUAAAUGAAUCGAACCAGAAAACCAAAGUGGUUCGAUUCAUUUUAUUAUUUUUUUUCAACACAUUUAGUUGAAUAUAUGAUGUGAACCGAAUAGUUUAUCCGAGUACUUAUAGAAUUUCUUAGGUGAACCGAAUCAAACCGCAGCAGCAUUAGGUUUGAUUUUUUUAAAAAAUUUUAGAUUUGAAUUAAAAUUUUAAUAGGUUUGGCCGAAAUAAAGAACCAAACUGCAUAUUUAUUUGAAUUCCUUUUUUUUUUUUACAAAGUUAGGCAAUACUAUUAAUUAUAAUUUUUCUUAUGUGUCAUUCAAAUAACUAGGAUUCUUAUUUAAUCAGAAAAAUGUCAAUUUCAUCGUUUGCUACCUUAUAUUGGGAUGGAGAAAUUAUUAUUGAUGAUGAAGGCUGCGACUAUUGUGGGGGUUCAUCAACAGUCAUUACCAUUGGUAGACGCAUGGAUUUUGGUACUUUAGGUAUGAAAAUAGUACGUGCAAUUGAUCUUGAAGCUGGGUGUGAAUUUAUAUCGAAUAUCUUUUUCAGACAACCCAUUGAAGGAGAUGGUUCAGUGAAAUGGGACUGUAUGGGUUUGACUAACGAUGAUGAUGUAAAUAUUAUGUUUAAUUUUAUUGAUGAAAUUGGAGGUAUGUCAUCGAUAGAAUUAUAUAUUGAUAUUUUUCGACCGGAUGCAUCUAGAAAUGUUGUUGAUGAAGCGGGACCAUCAAAUGUUGGUACUACUGAUGAGGUAGUUGUUCGCUAUCAAUCGUCUGAACUUGAUAGUAGUACGUUUGAGGAUAAAGUUUUGGGGGUUAUCAAUGAAUCUGAAGAUAUUUGUGAACGUCGAUGGGUGUACGAAUCAAACGAAUCAUACUUUUCUGAUAGUCAUUAUUGCCCCAAUAAUGGUGUCGAUGAAGAGGAUUCUGAUGAACAAUGGAUUGAUAGUGAUGAGGCAGACUUCAAUCAGGAUGUUGAGCAUGAUAAUGAGGUAGUAGUCAACUUGCCUUCAUACUAUAACACUCAUGUUGCAAACCCAAUAAUGCCUAUUGUCCAUCCUCCACCUUACUGUGAGUUAGAUUUUUCAUUGCUAACAGUUGAUCCAUGGUCAAAACCGCAAUAUAGUUCAAUGUGGGAUCCAUCGAAUGAGUUUGAAGUUGGAAUGACAUUUCCGUCUAAAGAGGCUGUCCAAAGAGCUGCCAAAGAAUAUCAUUUACUUAGGCACCAUGACUUUUCUUAUGAUGAGACAAAGAGCAAAACAUAUGCUAUAAGGUGCAAAUAUAGAAACAACAAUUGUAAGUGGAGAAUGCGUGCGUCUCGUCGGGAAGGUUCUGAUAUAUGGAAAAUUACUCGAUAUAACGGACCCCAUACAUGUGUUAAUCCAUCAAUCUCACAAGAUCAUAGGCAAUUGGAUAGCAAAUUUUUAUCUGAUUUCAUCCUAGUAAUUGUACGAGAACAGCCAAAUGUGAAGAUAUCUGCGUUACAAGCAGAAAUCAAAGAUAAGGUUGGAUAUAUGCCGAGUUAUCGGAAGAUGUGGAAGGCUAGACACGAUGCAGUUGUUAAGAUAUUUGGUGGUUGGGAGGAAUCUUUUACAAGAUUGCGUCAAUUCAUGCUUGCGUUGUGCAAACACAACCCCGAUUCUUCGUUCUUGAUUGAAGAUGACCCUCUGUUUGUUAAUAAUAAAUUAAAACCUGAGAAUCGGGUUUUCGAUAGGAUGUUUUGGGCAUUCAAACAAACAAUUGAAGGUUUCAAGCACUGUCGGCCAGUUAUUUUUAUAGACUCCACAUUUUUAUAUGGAAAGUACAAAGGGUGUUUAUUUUGUGCUACGGGACUGGACGGCAAUAACCAUAUUUUUCCUAUUGCAUGGGCAAUAGUUGAUUGUGAAAAUACAAGGAACUGGGAUUGGUUCAUGUCUUGUUUACGGGUGUUUGUGACUGAUCGUUCUGAUAUUUGUGUUAUAUCAGACAGACAUAUUGCCAUUAAAAAAGCAAUGCAGCAAGAUUGGUGGCAGCCUCCUAAUGGACAUCAUCGAUACUGCUUAAGACACGUACUGAGCAAUUAUAACACGAAGUUUAAAAAUCCUGACAUGAAAGAAGCUCUUCGAAAGGCAGCUCACCAAAUUCAGAAAAAGAAAUUUUAUGAUGCCAUGGACACAAUCAAGAGCGAGCAUCCAGAUACAUUUGAAUGGGCCAGAAAUAUACCAUUGGAGAAAUGGACACGUUCUCAUGAUGGAGGAAAAAGGUAUGGCUCUAUGACAACCAAUACCGUUGAGUCAGUUAAUGGAAUGCUGAAGGGGAUUCGUGCACUACCAAUAAUUACAAUGGUAGAGAAAAUAUUUUUCCAAUGUGUCCAAUAUUUUGACACACGCCGCACGACCUUCCGCGAACAAUUGCAGUUGGGCUUCAACUUAACACCGGCAUGUCGUCAAAUUUUGAAUGAAAAUUUGAAUGAAGCAAACUCACUUAAUGUUCGAUUAUUUAAUCGCGAUUGUGGUGAAUUUGAAGUUUGGAAGGAUAGAACUGGGGACAACCACAUCGUCAAACUUUAUGAGAGGACAUGCACAUGCGAGAAGUUUCAAGAGAUACGUAUUCCAUGUUCUCCUGUCAUAGCAGCAUGCCAAUCAAUCUCAAUUAAUUAUGAGCAAUACGUUUCAAAUUAUUAUACAUUGGAACGAACGCUUAAGUGCUAUGAGUGGCAGUUUCAUGCACUUGGACAUCAUGAUGAUUGGCCAACAGACAAUGAUCCAAUCCUUGUACCUGACCCAAAUCGGAAAAGGUCUAAAGGAAGACCAACUUCUUUAAGGAAGAUGAAUGAAAUGGAUUGGAUGGUGAUUCAAAAGAGAGGGGAUCCGUCUAAAAUCCAUUGA